AUGUCUAACAGUCUGACAAAAUUGGAAAAUCUAAAACCCCUUGUUAUGCCAAGAGAAUGCGAGUCAAAAAUAGAUCCCAAAUGGAUAAUUCCGCCUAAGCAAUUAAAAUUGAAGUGGAUUGGUGCCGGUAGCUAUGCAUCUGUCUACCAAGUUACUAAUGAUAAUGGUUCGAGUGGACGAAUUGCAGCUAAAGUGACUGCAAAAUGGAAGACACAAAACAUAAAAUCAGCAGGAAGACACGAAGCAGAAAUGGCAUUGAAGUUAAAGAAGGAUGCAACCACUGUAGGCAGCCCUAAUGUGAUUUGUGAUCUGGCUGAAGGCUCUCUCCCAGCAAAAAUCAAAUAUCCUGUACCAGUUGAAAAAGCAAAGUUAAUAUUGAGACAGGUGGUACAAGGCGUGAGGUAUCUACAUAUCAAGAAUAUUGUCCACAGAGAUCUAAAUGCCUUUGAUACUGCAAGCAAAGAAGAAAAAUAUGAUGUAGCUGGGUCAACAGGAUUUCAAGCACCUGAGAUAUUCUCUGGGUAUAAAUAUGAUAAAAAGGUGGACAUAUGGUCAAUAGGGUAA